AUGGCGAACGAGCUCACCUCCGCCAUGACCGCCCGGUCGCUCCGCAUUGUCCGGAACGAGCUGGAGUUCCUAGUCGACACCUCUGUCAUUACCUCUUCCCAGCUUAACUCCAUUCUUGCGCAUUUGCCCGACGAGGCCGACACUCGCGUAGCCGCGGCUCGCCAGCAGCCUCGACAGACUUCACCACUGCAGCCUCUGCCCUCGCCCGUGCCCGUUCAGCCUGUCCAGUCUCCAUAUUCGCCUCCUACUGCGCAGAUGUCCAAUGCCUCGUUUAAUGAGAAAGCUCCGUUGCACAACCAAUACGCCUCCCCACCUCCCCAGGCCCCGCCGGCCUACCCCCAGGUCCCGCCGAUCCUUGGUCUCGCCACGGCCUUGUAUGCCUAUACCCCUACUGACCCCGGCGACUUGGCGCUGACGCCGAAUGAUCGCGUUCAAAUCAUCGAGCACAUGAACGAGGACUGGUGGCGCGGUCGCAACGAGCGUACCGGCAUGGAGGGUAUUUUCCCCAGAGCCUACGUGAUUGUCAUUGAAGAGAAGGGUCCCGGAGCCGUGCCUCCUCAAUCUAACUACGGAAACAUGCCUUUGGAUGUUAGCCAGAGUGGAGCUUCCGCGGACCCGAACGACCCGGCUCAAAAGAGCAAGUUUGAGCAGGGCGGUAAGAAGUUCGGCAAGAAGUUGGGCAAUGCCGCGAUCUUCGGUGCCGGUGCUACAGUUGGCUCCAACAUCGUGAACAGCAUUUUCUAA